AUGUCCACGCCGCCAGCCCCUAAAAGGCGUCGCGUAGACUCUGUCGGCAUCCACAAACCCUUCGUCUCGCCUUUGAAGCGCAAUCCCUCGACCGCCGGCCCUCCAAACCAAGCAACCACUACACCAAAGCCAGUCACCCGAGCAGCCCCUCAAGCGCCAGCAACACCCUACACACCCCUCCGCAGCAGCAAUCUCAAAACCUCCACACCACUAUCCCACCACUCUCCCGAGAUCCUUGCAGCGCAAACCCAAGUCCGCGCCCUCGAAGCCCAGAUCCGCGACUUGCGCAGUCAAAACGGCAUCUUGACCCAAGCCCUCGACAUCACCACUGUCACACCUACAUCCUCACACCAGCAACCACGCCUCCUCAGACUAGAAGAAAAAUGGCGCAAAGCAAGCCAACAAGCAGCCGAAGAAGUCUUCUGCGACUUUGCGGAAAAGAUACGAGAUAAUGGUGGAUACACUGCUUUCCUGAAACAACAGAGUAGACCCAAAUCUUUCUUUGGGGAUGAGCGAGAGGAAGUGGAUGAAACCAAUGAAGAAGAUUGGAGAGACGAGGAAGGCGAUUGCUUGACCGAAAGAGGAAAACGGCAACGAAGAUGUGAGAUUGAGGAUAGAGCCAAGAAACAUGAAGAGGAAGAGGUUGAAGAAGAAGAGGAAUUGACACUGGGGAGUAUGUUGCAGGUGCUGAAUAUUCCUCCUGAUGUCAUUGGUUGGGAUACCAAGACUCAGGCGUGGAAGUGA